AACAUUACUGUAAAAGAUGCCAUUGUGCCUAAACUAUUUUAUAGCAUGCGUUCAGCCAAAAGCUCUCCAGAAAACGACAAUAGGCUAAUUAUCAACACAAACCAGUUCUUUGGCGCUGGUUUCAAAAGCUACUUGUAUUGCCAUAUGCCAAUUAUUUGAGGGUUACAUGAAUGCUUCAGAUGUAUUUUUUGAUACUACUCAGCUAUGGUGAACCAAAGGUCUAAUUCUAUCCCUUACUGUCCCUGAAGGUGAGUAUGAUGAUGAUCUAAGGGGGAGGAGUAGGGAUAUCGCCAGUUAAUAACCACAGCCUGUCCCUGGCAGACAGCAUCACGAUCGCAGAAUGUACCGGGACCCCCGUGACGAGCGGAGCUACCUACCAGCUGCAUCACAUCUCCUGGUGACACCUAACAAUCCCUCCAUCCAGUACUUGUGAUUUUCUCUUUUUUCUUUUUUUUUUUUUUUUUUAAAACAGCACGACGUGAGGCUGGAAGCCUCUGACACCCCCCAAAAAACACACGCUCACACUCAGGAGCUGGCUCUCCGGCGCGCCUCCUUCCCUCCGACGCACUCCUCCGUAGCUCCUUCCUUUGCCGUGGACUGGGAACUUGAGCGACCUUUGUGAAAGGAGCAAAGGGCGAGCGGGACGCGCGGUGAAUGUAGCGGCAGGUUGGCUCGUGAGUCUGCGGCGCGCACGGCGGUGCUGUUGGACCCAAACGCACCAAGUCUCUGGUUCCUGUUUCACCCCGAGCACUCGAACCAUGUUUCUCGCCGGGAGUGUGCUCGCUCUCCUCUUGGCAGGUGUGUUGCCAUCUUCAGCACCAGUGUACCCCUCCUCCCCCCACACGGACUGCGUCGAAACUUAUCGAGUGUGCUCCGGCGACCCCCGGUGCGAGGCGCUGUACCGCGGCUUGGAGCUGUGUGCGGCCGACGCAGCCGUGUCCUCGCUGGGGGAGCAGGCGACCGCCGAGUGCCUGGAGGGACGGGACACUCUGCUGGCAAGUCACCCCGCUCUGCUGGCCUGCAAGUGCCACCGCGGCUAUCGCAGGGAGGAGCAGUGCCUGCGCAUUUACUGGAGGGUUCGCCUGCUACCAGGGGAAGAUGAGCUGGAAAUAUCUCCAUAUGACGACACGCUAAUGGAUACCCACAUGGCCUCCUUAGUGGCUGCUUCGUCUGUCAUGCAACUGGAUGGUGAGAACCAGUGCCUGAAGGCGGCACAGGACUGCGGCCUGUACGAGAAGUGUGGCUCUCUGCGCUCAGAGUAUGCCCUGGCCUGCACCAAGCGGGCCCCCGGAAUCAACCGGUGCAACCAGCACAAGUGCCACCGCGGCCUGCGGCGCUUCCUGGAGCGGGUUCCUGAGGAGUACAGCCUGGGCCUCCUCUUCUGCCCCUGCACCAACAACCUGUGUGGGGAGAGGAGGAGGAAAACCAUCGUACCGUCCUGCUCCUACCAGGAGCCAGAGAGUCUGCAACCCAACUGCCUCCACCAGCAGAGCUUCUGCCGCCGAGAUGACCUUUGCAGGUCCAGACUGGCUGAUUUCCUUAAUAACUGCCAGCCAUCUCCUCUGACGCCCAGCGGCUGUCUGAAAGAAUCAGCAGGCCUGUGCCUCCGAGCCUACGCUGGACUCAUCGGUACCAUCAUGACACCCAACUACAUCAGCAACAGCUCUGCAGACGUGUCGCUGUGGUGCAACUGUGAAGGCAGUGGUAACCAGUGGCAGGACUGUCUGAGACUGCAGCGCAUGUUUACCCACAACGCCUGCCUGCGUAACUCUAUCAGUUGGAUGGGGAGCCCUGGCUCCCUGCCUGCAGACAUCACCCCCCCUCCGGCUCCGAGACCUUCCCCGCUGGUUCGGGAAGACGAGCUGCUGAGAAACGACCACCUGCCUGAGCACAACAACAUCGAAGUAGAGGACGAGAAAGAGGAGGAACCGACACAGACAAAGGAGGUGAUCGAUAAAGGUGGCCAGUUUGAUGACAUCAAUGUCCCACAGUACUCAGAGAGGGCCACCGUCUCCAACCUGGGCUCUACCGGGACAGGGGGGGCCUCAUCCCUCACCGCCGGCUCGCCCCGACCCAUCCUGCUGCUCUUUCUUCUAUCAGCCUCCUUCAGCUGCGGGUAGAACACAGGAUACAACGGAGACACACACACAUACACACACACACACACACACACACGCUCACAUGUGAUGGACCUGCCAACAAUCCUGGACUCUUUGCUGUAAAGUUAUAGGAAACAGUAGGGAAAUGGACUUCACAUUGUGUCAGUUGCACCGUCUUGAUUGCUCACUUUGUCCUAGCUUUGUUCCUUUGUUCCUUGCUCCUUUGAAAAUGGCCUUUUGUUUGACGUUGUCUGACUGCAGCUGCUGUGGUGUAUUAGCAUACUGAGAGAGGUGCAGUCGUGGAAGGUGUUCACACAUAAGCAGAAAAAUACAUUUUAUUUAAGUGGCUGGCUGGGUUGUUAGCUCUCCAAUAUUAGGCAAAAUAUGUCGAUAUAUAUUUUAUAUUGUGAUAAUAACUACAUGUGGCUGUGUUGAAACAUGUCGGCAAGAAGCUACAAAUGUACCACGAUGAAAGUAGCAAGCUAGCUAGGCUAAAUUUUGAUUAAUCGGGUGUGCCUUAAGCAGAGGACCUAAGCAUUGUAGAAAAAGGUCCAAACUCUCAUGAAUCAUUGGAGUGUUUCCCUGGUAAAUCCAUUCCGUACAGCAUACGACGCACUUUUCACGUUAUUGUAGCAUAUGUUACUAUGCCAUGAGUUGCAGUGCUAACAAACAUAGCAUGUUAGGCUGCAAACGUGUUGCAAAACAAAUGUUAGCAUUUUAGCACACAAAUAUCAAUAUGUUGCAACAUUAUAGUAACCCUUUUUUGUAGUAGUUUAUUGUAACUGAGCGGAUCAGUUGAAAGGAGGAAUAUUCCAGACAUUCCCGUAGUUGUAGCUAGAGUUGCCACUCGUCCCUUGAAAUAUGGAAUCGUCCCAUAGUGGUCUUCAAUGCAGCAUCCCAUACAAAUAAACCCACCCAAAUUCUGUGAAGACUCGUCCUAUUCUGUCCCUGAUUGGGUAAUACUCGCUGCCAGCGUUGGUUUGAUUGGCCGCGAACUUCAAACAAACCAAUCAGAGUCAGAGGUAUUUUAAUUUGAAAGAAUGGUGGAGGCAGCUGCAGAUCCCCCCCACGUCCAGUUCUUAAGCGAAAGCGGAUGCAAAAGUACCGACCAGACUGGGAGGAACCCCCAGGGGACCGCAGAGUCGUCCUAACCACAUGCUAAACAACUUACUAUCCUUGUUAAGGGUUAGGGUUAACACAAAAAUCUACUUUAGGAUAAGCUGUAGCUCUAGCAGACGUUGCGUUGAUACUCGGAUCUCCUUCACUUGGCCUGUGGUCCAUUUUCAUUUUCUGGUCAUUUUAAUAAUAAAUUACAGAACAAAACAAAAAGAUACAAGCCAGAAAAGCACGACAGACAAAGGAUCCGAGUGGGAGAAUAAAGCAGCUGCACAUUAGAAACACCUCAAACAUAAAGAAACGCCCAUCGGCUGCAGUCGGAUCUUGUUGUUUUUUAUUAUUAUUUCUAAUGUCGUUGAUGGAUGAUUGUUUUUCACACUUGUUGCGACAUACCUCUCCACAGGUCAUCCUAACAAUGAUGAAGGGUGGAAAAGGGGCUAGGAUAUAUGACGCGUCAGUCUAACUUCAUCAGGCUGAUGGAUGGAGGGUUACUCGUCCACAGACAACGUGAACAUUGAGUGUGAUAAGUGUGAUGUGUGUGUGUUUGUGCGUGCAAGGAUCUGGCAGAGAGAUUGCAAAGAAAAUUGGAUUAUGCUUUUUGUCAUAAUUUGAGUCUUGCACUUCCCCGUUCCCAACCAAGUGAGCAAAGCCACGCAUAUGCCACACACAAUGCCCAUGUAGUGCGCUCCCCUUUGCUUUAUUGCUCCAUCCUCAUUCCUAUCUCCACUCAGUGGCGACACGGGACCCAGGCUGCCACGGGCAGCAAUAUGAAUAAAACCCUCAUAAUGAAAACAAUACACCGGAAAACAAUAUGAGCUCUAAAACGGCAGAACAAAUCAAAUAGCUCCCCAGCAGGCAAGAAAACACGCCCCAUACUUCUGAUACCGACACAGUGUCAGAAGGAACAGAGUUAGAAAGAGUGGAGGAGAGACAGAUUCAUAAAGAAGAAAUUUUGAGAGAAAAAAAUAAGGCCAAGUCCCUGUGUAGUCUUUGUGUUUGAUGUUUUACUUGCUUUUAGUUGGGAGGCUGGUAAUCAGUCUCUGACAACAUCUCUUUAUCAUCUGUCAGGCUCCUGCGGGGAGGAGUGUGUGUGUGUGUGUGUGUGUGUGUGUGUGUGUGUGUGUGGCAAUGAUCAGGCAAUGAUAGAAAUAGUGCGUAUAGCUGGAACAGAAAAAACCCUGGAGCACAAACAUAGCAGAAGAAAUAGCAGAGAAACGCCAGCUCUUGAAUUUCUAUGUCUUAUAAAUCUUUCUUGGAUUGUGUAAAAUCCAAUUCCAUCUGCAGGGGUUCCAGCGAAGGUGGAGAUCAAGAAGACAGAGGAAAGGAACAAGGGAAUAAAGUGUGUGAGGAGACAAGAAGAGAGGGAAGCAAGGGAAGACAAGACAAGGAGAUGAUAAGAGACAAAGGGAAGAAAAUAAACAAGUAGAAAAUAGACAAAUAAGAAAGCAGAAAGGGAUAAAAGUAGGAAGUGGAAGCGGAAAAGUGAAAACAAUAGAGGAAGGAAAGUAGAGCACUGAAAAAGGAGCAGAAGAAGGGUAGCAGAGGAAGAAACAAGAGGCGAGAAGGACUGAACUGGGAGAACGAGGGAAGGAGAAGAGGGGGAAAGCGAGACAAAAGAGACGGUCACAAAGAGGGGACGGAGCAAACAAAACAACAAUGAAAGGACACAAAUUAGAAGAGGUUUUUCUUCGAAAGGAAGACCGAAGAAAGAAAAGCAGAGUGAAGGGGGAAUAAAAGGACAUGAAGGCCUAAAAUAAAAGAGAAAGAGAACGUUUGUGCUUUUGUGCAGCCACAGAAAACAACCUGCAAAAGGAAUGAGGGGGGCGAUAGAGAGAGGGGGGGCAGGUCUGCAGUGUACUUUGACCUCUCUUUCUCUGUGUGCCACUGCUGAUAAACACACACACACACAGACAAAGGGCCUGUCCAUCCACAGCGAUAAGAGAGACUCACCUUUCUGAGAUUCUUCUUUAAACAUUCAGCAGGCUGAACAGAAAAUACUGUUCAUAGUAAUGGCUGCAAAUGUCUCAGUUAAAGGUUUCCUUCAGGCUUCAUGGAGCACCUGUGAAGACGUCAUUCUUCUCAAAGUUUGUACAUCCCGGCUGCUUUCCUCGCUUCUGGUCCUCAAGUCUUAGUCCCCCCCCCACGGGAGGCGAGGAAGGGACAGCAGGGGGGCGGAGGUUGAGGCGUUAGCCGCCCAUGUUUUACUAGGCCGUCGUAUUUUGAUGAGAAUAACUCGGCACCUGAAAACUUUAUGAAUAUAUUUAGUGUUUCUUGAAUUGACAAUGUGGCAUAAUGUGACGGGAAUGUUUAGAUGGGACUCAUUUUUGAUUUAACACACACACACGCACUUAGUGUUGAAUUCUGGAGAAUGUUAUUGAUGUAAUCAUUUUCCGCUAGCAGCUGUUUGCACUUGUAAACAUAAAGUCAUGAUUAAAGCAAUUGAAGUGGAUCUAGCCUGUUCCAGAGUAAUGUCAAGGUGAACUGUCAGACUGCUUUCACACAGGAAAUGAUUUGUGCACUGCUCGCCACUGUGCGCACACAUCCGCACGUCGCCCUUUUAAAGUUUUCAACAUGAGCAGUUAUAGAUAAUGGAUUACAGAGCGCUGUUCUGGGAUGUACACCAACUUUAUUUUUUACAAUUUAUCAUUUAACUAAAUAGAAUGUAACACGCACACUUAUGUCGUCAAUUUUUGUUCUAGGAAAAGAUACCAUUUUAUCUAUUUUAUUAUUUAUAUGACUAUAAUCAUGGUCAUGAAAUGAGUGACUUGAUCUUAAAAACAAUAUUUGUUUACUUGUUAACCCACUAAUUUCCAUGAACAUCUUCUUCAUCUCAACAUAACAGGACAAUAUUUUUUAUUU